GACAGUUCAUCACUACCCGCCUCAAUCACAACCCCCAAACCGCCGGGCGCAUUACCAUCAUGAGUCUCCUCGACCAUGAAUCCCGACCCUUUCUCUCUCUAACGGCCGCAUUCGCCGCGUGGAAGGCAUUCCUGCUCGCUAUCGCGCUCGGCGCAGCCGGAGCCUCGGACUACGACACCUCCACGUCCGUCUUCUUCGACGUCCUCUACGGCAGCGAGGCGCCCGUGCCCACCGUCGCUGCACGCCUGACAAGAUGGGACGCCCUCUACUUUAUGAGCUCUGCGCAUCGGGGCUACGUCUACGAGCAGGAGUGGGCGUUUGCCAUGGGCCUGCCGAUUGUCGUGCGCGCCAUCGGCCGCGUGUUCGCGGCGCUGGGCGUGGACUUGACUGGAGUGUGGGAGCCUGUCGCCGCCGUAGCAGUCGCUCACGUAUCCCAUCUCAUCGCUGUGCUGGCGCUGUAUAAACUCACCAUCGCCAUCUGCAACGAUAGGAGGCUGGCAUUUGUGGCAUCUGUCAUCCACAUCCUCUCCCCGGCAGGACUCUUCCUCUCGGCGCCAUAUGCCGAGAGUCCCUUCUCCUGUUUGUCCUUUGUCGGCAACCUCCUCUUUGCCCUGAGCUUCAAGAGCAGUCCUGAUUCACUGAGGCGCAAUGCCGCCGUCAUUGGAGCCGGCAUCGUCUUUGGUCUAUCCAACACGUUCCGCAGCAACGGUCUCUUCAGCGGCCUUCUGUUUGCUGUCGAAGUCGUCCAGUGCCUGCUAGCUUUCAUCGACGCCCCCAGUUUCUCCAAGGUGCUGCGGUUUGUAGCUCCCAUUCUCGGUGGGCUUUUAGUCGCCACGGGGGCUAUUGUUCCACAGGUCAUCGCUUGGAUGAGGUACUGCGGAGGCAACUCUCCUGAAGCUGAGUUGCGGCCAUGGUGCUCGCGUUUGAUCCCAAGUAUCUACACAUUUGUGCAGGAAGAAUAUUGGAACGUCGGCUUCCUCAAGUAUUGGACUCCGAAUCAAAUUCCGAUGUUUCUCCUCGCCGGUCCCAUGCUCACCAUACUCCUCAAAUCUGGCACUGAUACCCUCCGAGAGCCAUCUCGGGGGUUGAGACGUAUGGGCUCUGGGACAACCGAGCAAUAUCGCAUCUUUGUGCGCACGUUGGCCGCAACCCAGACGAUUCUAGCUGUGCUCGCAAUCACCAACUACCAUGUCCAGAUCAUCAGCCGCCUGUCUUCGGGCUACCCAGUGUGGUAUUGGUGGGUGGCUUCGUGCAUGAUGGACAAGAAGAGGCAAGGGUGGGGGUACGCCGUCACUGUUUUCAUUGUCAUGUAUGCAAGCAUACAAGGAGGCCUUUUUGCCUCGUUUUUGCCCCCUGCGUGAGCCUUCUCGUCGGCUGACAUAGCGCUGUUCCGAUAAAUAUGUACAAUUAGGUGAGAGGGAUCUAGGCUGGACUAAAAUGCGUUGUUUCUGUACUAUUGUUCAUGGCGCUACUCAUCGUACCCUUAGAUACAUCACUUCUGAUGUGUCAAGUUCAAGUGUAGUCCUAUAAUACAUGUACUUUUGGCUUCUUUGUAUUCACGUGCCAAAAGAGAGACUGCCUGUAUAAAACAAACGUAAUGAACUGAGCUGGAAAAAACUUUGCUAGGGCUUGUGUAUCAAUUCAAGACCGUUGUUAAGAUUGUGAUUCUUG